AUAUAAAAUAAAAUAAAACGGAGGAGAUGACUACUGACAUCAUAAUAUUUAUUAUAAUAUUUUUAUUAGUGGGUGAUUAUUAUUGUAGAAUAAAUAAUUAAUACUCUCUCAGUCUCAAAUUAUGUGUUGUCAUUUCUUUUUGGUCCGUCUCCAAAAAAAUAUCAUCUUUUCUUAUUUGAAUAGUUUUUAAAGACACAAUUAUAAUUUUAUACUUAGUGGUUCUCACUUGAUUUUAAAUAUUAUUACUCCUUUAUUUUAUUUUUUAAGAAUGAUAAUUUUGUAACUUUAACAAAACUAAUAUUUAUUUUUUAAAUAUUGUGUCUGAUUAAAUAACGACACAUAAUUUGAGACGAAGGAAGUGUUAAAGUUAAAAUUGAAAAAGGAUUGUCGAACGAGAAGUAGUGUGCGCACCAGUAUAUUUUCAUCGCCCGUAUCUUAUACAAAACACUUUGUUUUCUCUUCAUCUCUCACUCUCCUCUUCAUCUCUUCAGGCGGAUCAUCGCCGUCGGAAUCUGGUAGAGUCCGACCCGACCCGAGUUGGAUAUGGAGGAUUACUUGAAGCUGUUCGUGGAGGAGACAUCGUUUUACAAUCGACUGGUAUUGGGUACACUCUUGCCGGAAUCAUGGUGGGCUCCACUUCCUCAUAUGCUUCAAGGAUGGCUCCGUAACUACAUUGGCGGCGUUCUUCUUUAUUUCAUCUCCGGUUUCCUCUGGUGCUUCUAUAUCUAUCACUUGAAGCGCAAUGUCUAUAUUCCUAAAGAUGCCAUACCAUCAAACAAAGCAAUGCUCUUGCAAAUAUCGGUUGCGAUGAAAGCUAUGCCAUGGUACUGUGCCCUUCCAACACUUUCUGAAUACAUGAUUGAAAAUGGAUGGACCAAAUGUUUUGCAAGAAUAAGUGAUGUUGGAUGGCCUUCCUACGUCCUCAAUGCGGCUAUUUAUCUUGUAAUUGUGGAGUUCGGAAUCUACUGGAUGCACAAGUUGUUGCAUGACAUAAAACCUCUGUACAAAUAUCUGCACGCCACGCAUCACAUUUACAACAAGCAAAACACACUUUCCCCUUUUGCUGGAUUGGCAUUCCACCCAUUGGAUGGAAUACUGCAGGCAGUGCCACACGUUUUAGCUCUAUUCCUGGUGCCAAUGCAUUUCACUACACACAUAGCGCUCAUAUUCCUGGAAGCCUUAUGGACGGCUAAUAUUCAUGACUGCAUACAUGGGAAGGUGUGGCCUGUAAUGGGUGCCGGCUAUCAUACCAUUCACCACACGACAUACCGCCAUAAUUAUGGUCAUUACACAAUAUGGAUGGAUUGGAUGUUUGGAACUCUUCGUGAUCCCGCUGAAGAGGAUGCCAAGAAAAUGUAAUGUGCAUGAUUUGCACCCAAGGAUGUUCCCCGUUGUUACGUCACCUGUGGGAUGUAAGAAUUUGUCUCAUGUGUUUCCAUCGUUGGUGGAUGUAAAUUUUGAUGUUAGUAGUUCAAGUUGAAAGACUGAAAACAGUUCUGUAAGACUGAUUAUGUUUUCUUACGUCUCUUCUUCCCUUAUAUUUAAUAAACAAUAAAAAUCGUGGGGAAGAAAUUUCAGUUCUAA